UGAUCCCAUGAUAUGGCCGAGGAAGAAGAAAAAGACCCAAAAGCUACCGAAUUCACAAUCAUAGCUACACUUUCAUCUCUCUCCCCUCCCCAACUUUCCAACUUCACCAUUUCCAUCUCCUCACUCUUCCACCGUCACUGCUGCCGGAUCACCGCCGUAGUCUCAUCUCCCUCUCUAUUCUCCUUAACCCUCCACCACCUCAACUCUCUCUCCCUCUCUCAAAAAUCAAUCCUCAUAGCCCAUCAUCUCCUCUCUACUCUCUCCCCCCUAUCUCUUCUCCUCCACCCCACAUCCGCCGCCCCAUCAGCAAAGUACUCCAACCUCCAUAAUCUCGACGCCGUCCUUCUCCUCCUCCUCCUAUGUGAGAUCCGGCAACACAACCCACUUUCACUAGAAACUCCAAUAUCAGAUUGGCGUCAAGUUCUCUGUAAGUACAUCUCCGGCAACAUGUUGACACUAUCCUACGCCGGACUUUCGAACAUUACUGUGUUAAGCAGGUAUGUAAUGAUGGUGGGUAAGUGCCGGAGGUUUUUGUAUUUGAUGGGUUUUUCAAGGAGUAAGGAAGUUGGGGCGGCGGCGGCGGCUGUGGUGGCACUGCCGUCGGUGGCUGUUGAAGGAGGGAGAGAAUGUGUAGUGUGUAAAGAGGAAAUGGGAAAAGGAAGAGAUGUGUGUAAAUUGCCUUGUGGGCAUUUGUUUCAUUGGAUCUGUAUAUUGCCGUGGUUGAAGAAAAGAAAUAGUUGUCCUUGUUGCCGGUUUAGGCUUCCAUCAGAUGAUGUAUUUGGAGAGAUUGAAAGAUUGUGGGAGAUUAUAGCUAAUAAGGCAGCUGGUACUGUUGUUAAUUGCUACAGGGAAUGCGUAUAGGAAAGGAAUAAAGGAAAUUUGGAUGGAAGUUGGAAUAUCAGUGUCAUAUAAUUAUAUAUCAUGUUAGAUAUAAUUAUUUGCUUAAGAUCUUAUUUUAUACGACAUCGUCAUCAUCAAUUUAUGCUUUUGUGAUGGAUGGAAAUCAACAUAUUCAUGAUAUAGGAACAUUAUUAAUAAACACUUUUCUAUUU